CGCGCAUGCGCCAGUGCCCGGGACGCUAGUGUUGGGGGCGUCCGUAGCGCUCUUUCCCUGGUCUCCGCAACCCACGCCCCACAGUGAGAGUCGGGCUCACGCCAUCUUUCCCCCACCCCCGCGCACCCCGCUCCAGCCGAAACACUUUUUCCCUUUCUACACUCUCAACCCACUCCCACCCCGUCCCUAUCCAAGCGUGUCCCGGGCCGCAGCAGCAGAAACCGCACCAUCUCUACCCCCACAUUCUCCACGCGGGACGCGCAGCAGUGCCUACAAGUGUUCUUAAAGCAGAGAUGAAUAAUACUGCAGCCAGCCCAAUGUCUACUGCUACUUCAAGUAGUGGAAGAAAUACAGGGAAGUCUACAAGCUUUGCCUCAGAAUUGCAGAGUAUGAUGUUUUCUUUGGGUGAUGCUAGGAGGCCUCUUCAUGAAACAGCAGUUUUGGUAGAAGAUGUGGUACACACUCAGUUAAUUAAUCUGUUACAGCAAGCUGCUGAAGUUUCUCAGCUUCGGGGAGCAAGGGUAAUAUCUGCUGAAGAUCUUCUGUUUUUGAUGCGCAAAGAUAAGAAAAAACUUAGAAGACUGCUAAAAUACAUGUUUUUCCGAGACUACAAAUCAAAGAUUGUCAAAGGUAUAGACGAGGAUGACCUUCUUGAAGACAAAUUGAGUGGCAGUAAUAAUGCAAACAAAAGACAAAAAAUUGCUCAAGACUUUCUCAACUCUAUUGACCAGACGGGAGAACUCUUAGCAAUGUUUGAGGAUGAUGAAAUUGAUGAAGUUAAACAAGAAAGAAUGGAGAGAGCAGAAAGACAAACUCGAAUUAUGGAUUCAGCUCAAUAUGCAGAAUUCUGUGAAAGUCGACAAUUAAGUUUCUCAAAAAAAGCCUCCAAAUUUCGAGACUGGUUGGACUGCAGCAGUAUGGAGAUAAAACCCAAUGUCAUUGCUAUGGAAAUUUUAGCAUAUUUAGCGUAUGAAACUGUGGCACAGUUAGUGGAUCUGGCUCUUCUUGUGAGGCAGGACAUGGCAACCAAGGCAGGAGACCCAUUCGGCCACGCCAUUUCGGCAGCCUUCAUCCAGUACCACAGCUCUGCCGAGGGAUCUUGCAUAAAGUCUUACCCUGACUCUCCUGAGAAUACCCCCCCUCCCACACCAACGGCUCCAUCAUCUGGAUCGCAGCACUCAGGGAAAACCACAGCAGCAUCCCUGGGGAAUGGGAGUGCUGGGCAAGACUCAGCUAAAACCAAGCAAAGGAAAAGAAAAAAGAGCACUGCGGCCUGUGGUGUGGAGGCUCACAGCGAUGCCAUCCAGCCCUGCCACAUCAGAGAGGCCAUCCGGCGCUACGGCCACAGGAUCGGCCCCCUUUCCCCGUUCACAAGUGCCUACCGCCGGACUGGAAUGGCUUUUCUGGCCUGCUGAUGGGACCGUGACUGCGACAACAGGAGAGGCGGGGUUAGAGGAGGUGAUUUCUGUGUCUCUGUUUGGACAAAGGAAAACACAAGCUUACCUUCUCUGUGUCCUCAGGAGCUGGCUGGUUGGUCGUGACUCUCAGCUGGCUGGCUCCAGCUCCUCUCCAGCCCCCUCAACGCUUAGUCCUGUUUACUGGAUGGGCCGCUUUGCUAAUUAAUGGCAGGAUGUUUGGGAUGGUGUGUAGGUGGACAAGAAUGCAGAUCACACAAUUUUGAAAUUUUAAUUUGGAAUGAUUUACUGCCCUCAGCUCACAUAUCUUAAAAGCAGUGUCUUUUUUUUUCAGUGUUUAGUCUAUGUUUUACAUGAUGCAUUUCGUAAUCCAAGUUUGGGACAAAGGAAACAAAAUUAAAAGGACAGUCAGCUUUCUCCUCACACUGUCCCACUAACUUUACUUUUCAACAUUUGUUGACCACAUCUACAUGUAUUUAGAAACAAGUACCUACUUUAUAAACUCACACUGAUCAAAAAGUAGCUGACCUGAUGAACUGUCUGCUCCCAUCUUCUCUUCCCCUCACCCACUUACAGGAUGUGUGUCCUUUCCACACCCCCUGCCCAGCUUCCUGCACGCCCGCCCGCUGUGUGUGCCCUUCCUCCUCCAGACCCUCUUCCCCUCUCGUUUCUCUCCUCGGCCUGCCCUCCAGGCCACAGGCUGUAGGCCGAGCCCUCACACACACUGCGCCCAUUUAGAA